UCUGUAUCCUUCCGACAGAAAAGAUUUCUAGUUAAGCAAACAAUGUCCCAAUCUUCUUCCCGGCAAAUGGAGGGAAAGCGGCAGACCGGAAGGCGAACGCUGGCACAGAGAAUGAUGAAGAAAUGCGAAUGCAUCGAUGGGGAUACGUCCAUCCGCAAGCUUCCCCGAAAGGAAGUUAUGAAGGAUCCCCAAAAUCGAUUGGCGAAGUACGAGAUCGGCGGAAGUAAACCUGCCAGCGGAUCGGGAAAGGUUCUCAUGCUUGUUGGAGCAACAGGAGCGGGCAAGAGUACUCUCAUCAACGGAAUCGUCAAUUACGUAUAUGGAGUGCGGUGGGAAGACAACUUCCGUUUCAAGCUGAUCGUGGAUGAAGGUGUGGAGCCUCAAUCUCAGAGUCAGACCAAGUGGAUCACAGCAUACACCCUGCCUUAUCGGAAAGGAUUCAUUCUGCCUCAUACCCUUACCGUCAUCGAUACCCCAGGGUUUGGAGAUACUGAAGGCAUCCAGGCGGAUGAAAAUUUGACAAAUCAAAUUCGGGAAUUCUUCAACAAGGGUGGGAGCAUUGGGGUAGAUCAGCUUGAUGGAAUCUGCUUUGUUGUCCAGGCCUCUCUGCCCAGACUCACGCAUACCCAAAAAUAUAUAUUCAGUUCCAUCUUAGCAUUGUUUGGAAAAGACGUUGAAACAAUUGUCAAUUUGCUUAUUACCUUCUGCGAUAACAAGACGCCCCCAGUUUUAGCCGCCAUCAAAGAUGCCCACAUUCCACACACAAGUUCAUUCACGUUCAACAAUUCAGCUUUUUCUGUCAGCUCAUCAGAUAAGCCCGAUUCCACACAUUUGGGGAUGGCCUUUUGGAAAAUGGGAACCAAAAGUUUCAGGAAAUUCUUUAAGUCCUUCCAAAAAAACGAUCCCGUCAGCCUGACUUUGACAAAGGAAGUCCUGGAGCAGAGGAAACACUUGGAAACAUUACUGCAGGGCAUCUUACCGCAACUUAAGACAGCUCUGGGAAUGCUUGAGCAGCUGAGGGAGACACAUGCAGCCUUGAGACAGCACAAAACAGAGAUGGAUGCAAACAGGGACUUCACAUUCACAGUCAAGGUCUCAAAGCACAGAAAAGUGGAGUUGCAUCCAGGGACGCAUGUGACAAACUGCCUAAAGUGCUGCUUCACCUGUCACUACCCUUGUUAUAUUCCAAAAGACAAGGAUAAGGCUAGAUGCGCUGCGAUGCAUCAUGACGAUGGGGUCCAACGUUGUGCAGUUUGUCCUAUGAAGUGUCUGCCCAUACCUUUGCACGUCAACAACCAGUUUCGCUUCGAAUUUUACGAGGAAGAAGAAACGCAUACUUAUUUUGAGGUGAAAAGGAAGUACGAGGCGGCAACUGAAAGACACUUGAAAUAUCAAGGGCUAUUAAAGGCACUCUGCAAGGACUUCAUUGAGGAAAGGAUGAAACUCCUAGAGUUAACCAGGAAAGCGCACGAAUGCCUGCAGGAACUCGAGCGCAUAGCCCUGAAACCAAAUCCAUUAAGUAUCCAGGAAUACAUUGAUAUUUUGAUAGAGACCGAGAAACGAGAGGCCAAACUUGGCUACACCCAGAGGAUCAAAUACCUUGCAGACGCGAAGGAGAAAGGGCAAUUGGCAGAGAAGCUCAAAGGCAAUUUCAAUCCAUUCGAGGAAUAUAUGAAGGACUUCGGAGAGAAAGGGAUGGAUAUUUCUCUCUUCGAUCCCGAUCCCGUCAAAGAUGAAGCACUUGCAGCCGGUGCCGAAUACUGUACGAAUUAA